AUGGGCUGUGGCAGUAGUAAGAUACCUUGUGAGAAAGUAGACUGGAUAAAUGCAGAUCUUGGAAAUAUGGAUCGUAAAAUAAGAAAACUGAUCAUCAUCAAUAAGGCACUACAUCCAGGAACAAUGAGGUCUAGUUAUCAGACGGCCGUUUUAUUGAGGUCUAGUUAUCCGACGGCCGUUUUACUGAGAGCUAGUUAUCACACGGCCGUUUUACUGAGAGCUAGCUAUCACACGGCCGUUUUACUGAGAGCCAGUUAUCACACGGCCGUUUUACUGAGAGCUAGUUAUCACACGGCUGUUUUACUGAGAGCUAGUUAUCACACGGCCGUUUUACUGAGAGCUAGUUAUCAAACGGCCUUUUUACUGAGAGCUAGUUAUCGCACGGCCGGUUUAGUGAGGUCUAGUUAUCACACGGUCGUUUUAGUGAGGUCUAGUUAUCAGACGGCCGUUUUAUUGAGGUCUAGUUAUCCAACGGCCGUUUUACUGAGAGCUAGUUAUCACACGGCCGUUUUACUGAGAGCUAGUUAUCACACGGCCGUUUUACUGAGAGCCAGUUAUCACACGGCCGUUUUACUGAGAGCUAGUUAUCACACGGCGGUUUUACUGAGAGCUAGUUAUCACGCGGCCGUUUUACUGAGAGCUAUUUAUCACACGGCCGUUUUACUGAGAGCUAGUUAUCGCAUGGCUGGUUUAGUGAGGUCUAGUUAUCACAUGGUCGUUUUAGUGAGGUCUAGUUAUCACACGGCCGUUUUACUGAAAGCUAGUUAUCACAAGGCCGUUUUACUGAGAGCUAUUUAUAUUCUUUUACACGGCCGUUUUACUGAGAGCUAG